AUGGAGCAGAGGUUCAAACUCCAGGAGUGCCCUGCAAAAGUGGAGAUGGGAUCUGAGGAUCACCACCAUUUUCUUCAGAGCUUCCCAACCUUGUGCUCUCCUUUAAACAAGGACUGGGCCAAGAUUGGUGUUCACAGCGAUCUGUCUUUCAAGGCAGUGAGAGGAGCUGUGACGCAACUGAAACAGAAAGUUGAUGAAAUAAUGGAAGAGCUUCCUGAGAUCAAAAUGAAAAAAAUGAGAGAACAUGCAGUGGACUUGACCUUUGACCCUGACACAUCAUUUUGCUCACUUGUCAUAAGCCAGGAUGGAAAACAGGUGAAAGACGUAGACACAGAUCAGAAUCUUCCCGACAGCCCAAAGAGAUUUAAAGUGUUUUCAGAUAUUUUGGCAAAGGAGGAAUUCACAACAGUGAAGUUUCACUAUGAAGUGCAAGUGAAAGGAAAUACUGGCUGGAUUCUUGGAGUGGUCAAAGAGUCUGUUGAUAGAAAGGAGGAAAUAGCUCUGUCAGUUAAAAAUGGUUACUGGACCAUUGGGCUUGAGGAUUAUGCAUACCCAAAAGCAAGUGUUAAAAUCACACUAAAAGAAAAGCUUGAGAAGGUGUGUGUCUUUGUGGACUAUAUUAAGGGAGUGGUUUCUUUCUACAAUGUGAAUUCUAAAUCAGAUAUCUAUUCUUUCACUGGCUGCCACUUUACAGAGAAACUGUAUCCAUACUUCUGCACUCAAGGCAACGCAAAUGGAACAAACUCUGCCCCGAUCAUCAUAACUGCUGUUCCUCAAACACACUGA